GGAAGGAAGCAUACAUCGAUAUGACACAGAUGAUUUCAUGUAGAAUUGCCUUAUCUAAAUAGAUAGCACCAGUGGAUCAUGCUUCCAGCAAGCCUAAUGAAACUUGGCUCAGAGCUACAUCUAGAGUACCGCAAGGAGAGUACCAUAACCACUGCUCAAUUCAUGCAUUGACACUUUUCCUAGUUUUCUCUUCUCCCAUGAUUCUUUUUUGACACUGUCUUGCUGUCUACAAGAAGGGUAGGGCUUCUUCUGGAUUCCUGGAUUCUCACAGGACAAACUGACAUGAGAAAGGUUCUCUACGGCCAGUAGGGAAAGAAAGGCCUUCAGAAGCAUGAGGUGGGAGAGUAACCCUGUCUCACCAGUGAUUGACACAAGGAAUUUCCUUGAUCCUAAGUAAAGGCUAUGGGCAUUUUCAGGGAAGUUAAUGUAUUUUGAAUCUUUCUGCUUCUAGAAGGAAUACAGCAGGUAGUUUGCCUAUCUUUGAAAUUCAUAUCAUUUUUACUAUAUUAGUCAAUUGAUGGUUUUCUAGGUUUGGUGUAUCUGAAGCUACCAUCUGAAUAAAAGGCAUUUAGUCUGGUUUUUAAUAUCUCUAAGCGUUUAAAAAUAAAUUUUCUGCUAUCACAUUCUAGACAGUUCUUUACUUGUCACUGUCUAAUUUUACCAUUUAACCCAAUAAAUUAUGAAGCUACCACAAGUAUGUCUUAGCUUGCUAAAGUGUUAUUAAUCUUUUUAGUUACCUCAGUAUUUGUGUGUGUGGUUUUUUUUUGUUGUUGUUAAUUUACUUAGUUACUGUAUUUUGCAAUAUUUAUUUACACACGUCUGGUUUAGGAAUUCAGAACAGAAAAAUCUGAGGAGGAAUUAGUAAGAGAGGAAUUUAUAGCUUUAAGGCAUGAAGAGCUUACAGCUUUUUAAUAUAAAUUGUUCCCAGAAUCCAUGUCACUGUUCCUUAUAUGGCGCUGCUUUUUUUCCUCUCAGUUGCUAUGACAACAGCAGCACUGCACCAUUCAUCAGCUCUGGACCUGGGCUGCAUUGCUAGCCUUCCGUGAUACUCCUGAAUGUUAAGAACAUCCGUGAAUCAUUCACUAUGUUAAUGCUGCGCCAUUAGAAACCUAAGAACCAGUUUUUCCAGCAGUUUGCUCUAACAGAAGGGUAAACUAAACUGCGCCAUAGAGAAAAAUUAUAUAAAAAUAUUUCUUUUUUUUUUCCUAAGGGAAUCAUACAAUUUAUAUUUGCUGCAGUAUUCUGAAAGGAUAAGCUUCUGUCAGGCAAUCUCAUGAAAAGAGCUUGUCUGUGUAAUCUUUCUUGAAAUCAUUAGCUGUUCAAAACAAAUAUCAUGUUGCAUCUCUGGAUAUAAAAAGAAGCAGGUGAUGUUGUUAGGGGUUCUAAGCUCCUUUGGGAGCAUCACUUGUGCUUUGGGACUUUAAUCAACAUCUGCUGUAAGAAGUAUCACCUGUAACGCACAGUAAGUUCUGGGCAGUGUGAAGAGCUGGCUGGAGAAGAUUAAAGUGUGGAUCAUUACUGACGUCAGAUCUGAUAACAUCAUGACCAUUGAGUAAGAAGAAGCCUUUCAGGUUUCCAGAAGAAAAGCCUAUAUAGUAUUGACUAAUGAGGAAGAAAAACUAAAGCCUGUGAUGCUGAACAGGAACUUGGUCCCCCUCCAUCUGUAGAUGAGGCAGCAAACACACUCAUGACUCGUCUGGGUUUCCUCCUUGGAGAGAAAGUCACGGAAGUUCAGCCAGGUGACCAAUACAACAUGGAAGUACAGGAUGAAAAUCAGACCUCAGCAAUCACCCAGCGGAUAAGUCCCUGUUCCACCCUGACAAGUAGCACUGCGUCUCCACCAGCCAGCAGCCCCUGUUCCACCCUCCCGCCAGUCAGUACAAAUGCAACUGCCAAGGAUUGCAGCUAUGGGGCUGUUACUAGUCCAACCUCUACCCUUGAAAGCAGAGAUAGUGGCAUUAUUGCUACCUUGACAAGCUAUUCUGAAAACGUAGAACGCACAAAAUAUGUUGGGGAAAGCAGUAAAGAAUUAGGAUCUGGAGGAAACCUAAAACCUUGGCAAUCUCAAAAAUCCAGCAUGGAUUCCUGUUUGUAUCGAGUAGAUGAAAACAUGACGGCUUCCACCUAUAGUCUGAAUAAGAUCCCAGAGAGGAAUUUGGAAUCAGUUUUAUCACAAUCAGUACAGUCUAUUCCUCUGUAUCUUAUGCCACGACCAAAUUCAGUAGCAGCCACAAGCUCUGCCCACUUGGAAGACCUUGCUUACCUGGAUGAGCAGAGACAUACUCCUUUGAGAACUUCUCUUCGAAUGCCGAGACAGAGCAUGGGUGGUGCUCGCACGCAACAGGAUUUAAGAGUUCACUUUGCACCUUAUAGGCCUCCAGAUAUCUCCCUGAAGCCUCUGCUUUUUGAAGUGCCCAGCAUCACUACAGAGUCCGUGUUUGUUGGUCGGGAUUGGGUUUUCCACGAAAUAGAUGCUCAACUUCAGAGUUCGAAUGCCAGUGUGAACCAAGGAGUAGUGAUUGUGGGAAAUAUUGGGUUCGGCAAAACUGCCAUCAUCUCCAGACUGGUGGCCCUCAGCUGCCAUGGAACACGGAUGAGGCAGAUUGCCUCAGACAGCCCACAUGCCUCCCCCAAACAUGUGGAUGCCAACAGAGAACUGCCACUCACCCAGCCACCUUCAGCCCACUCAUCCAUCCCCAGUGGAAGCUGCCCAGGAACCCCAGAAAUGCGCAGGCGGCAGGAGGAGGCUAUGCGGAGACUAGCCUCACAGGUGGUUGCCUAUCACUAUUGCCAAGCAGAUAAUGCCUACACCUGCCUAGUACCAGAAUUUGUCCACAAUGUUGCCGCCCUGCUCUGCCGCUCGCCUCAGUUAGCGGCCUAUCGGGAGCAGCUUCUUCGGGAGCCUCAUUUACAGAGCAUGCUGAGCCUUCGAUCCUGUGUUCAAGACCCCAUGGCCUCCUUCCGGAGAGGAGUCCUCGAGCCCCUGGAAAAUCUCCACAAAGAGAGAAAAAUCCCAGAUGAAGAUUUCAUCAUCUUAAUUGAUGGAUUAAAUGAAGCAGAAUUUCACAAACCGGAUUAUGGGGAUACAAUUGUAUCAUUUCUGAGUAAAAUGAUUGGAAAAUUUCCUUCUUGGCUCAAAUUAAUUGUAACAGUUAGAACCAGUUUACAGGAAAUUACCAAGCUGCUGCCUUUCCAUAGGAUUUUUUUGGAUCGACUAGAAGAGAAUGAAGCCAUAGACCAGGACCUGCAGGCUUACAUCCUGCACCGGAUACACAGCAGCUCAGAGAUCCAGAAUAACAUUUCACUUAAUGGCAAAAUGGACAAUACUACAUUUGGCAAACUCAGUUCUCACCUCAAGACCCUCAGUCAGGGGUCCUAUCUAUACCUGAAACUCACAUUUGACCUCAUAGAGAAAGGCUAUCUAGUGUUAAAGAGCUCUAGCUACAAAGUAGUUCCUGUUUCGCUCUCUGAGGUUUAUUUACUCCAGUGCAAUAUGAAGUUCCCAACCCAGUCUUCCUUUGACCGGGUGAUGCCUCUCCUGAAUGUGGCAGUAGCCUCUCUACACCCACUGACUGAUGAACAUAUCUUCCAGGCCAUCAAUGCUGGUAGCAUUGAAGGCACCCUAGAAUGGGAGGAUUUUCAGCAGAGAAUGGAGAACCUCUCCAUGUUCCUAAUCAAGCGCAGAGACAUGACUCGUAUGUUUGUACAUCCUUCUUUUCGAGAAUGGCUUAUCUGGAGAGAAGAAGGAGAGAAAACCAAAUUUCUCUGUGAUCCCAGGAGUGGUCACACAUUACUUGCUUUCUGGUUUUCCCGCCAAGAGGGAAAACUAAACCGACAGCAGACUAUUGAACUGGGACAUCACAUCCUCAAAGCACACAUUUUUAAGGGUUUGAGUAAAAAAGUUGGUGUGUCAUCUUCCAUCCUCCAAGGUCUCUGGAUCUCUUAUAGCACAGAAGGUCUUUCCAUGGCAUUGGCAUCUUUACGGAAUCUCUACACUCCAAAUAUAAAGGUCAGCCGGCUGCUGAUUUUGGGAGGUGCCAACAUUAAUUACCGGACAGAGGUUUUAAAUAACGCUCCAAUUCUGUGUGUCCAGUCUCAUCUUGGCUACACAGAAAUGGUGGCCCUGCUGUUGGAGUUUGGGGCCAACGUGGAUGCCUCUUCUGAAAGUGGCCUGACUCCCUUGGGCUACGCAGCAGCAGCGGGCUACCUGAGCAUCGUUGUGCUGCUAUGCAAGAAACGUGCUAAGGUGGAUCAUUUGGACAAGAAUGGUCAGUGUGCUUUGGUCCAUGCUGCUCUCCGAGGUCAUCUGGAGGUUGUCAAAUUUUUGAUUCAAUGUGACUGGACAAUGGCUGGCCAGCAGCAAGGAGUAUUUAAGAAGAGCCAUGCUAUCCAGCAAGCCCUCAUUGCUGCAGCCAGCAUGGGUUAUACGGAGAUUGUCUCCUACCUACUUGAUCUUCCAGAAAAAGAUGAAGAAGAAGUAGAGCGAGCACAGAUCAACAGUUUUGACAGUCUCUGGGGAGAGACAGCACUGACAGCUGCAGCUGGAAGGGGCAAACUGGAGGUAUGCCGUCUGCUCUUGGAACAGGGGGCAGCAGUGGCCCAGCCAAACCGCCGUGGGGCAGUGCCCCUGUUCAGCACUGUUCGCCAGGGCCACUGGCAGAUUGUUGAUCUUUUACUCACCCAUGGAGCUGAUGUCAAUAUGGCAGACAAGCAGGGUCGUACUCCCCUGAUGAUGGCUGCCUCUGAAGGCCAUCUAGGAACUGUGGACUUUCUACUUGCACAAGGUGCCUCCAUUGCUCUAAUGGACAAAGAAGGAUUGACAGCCCUCAGCUGGGCUUGCUUGAAGGGUCAUCUGUCAGUAGUCCGUUCUCUGGUGGAUAAUGGAGCUGCUACAGACCAUGCUGACAAGAACGGCCGCACCCCCCUGGAUCUGGCAGCUUUCUAUGGUGAUGCCGAGGUGGUCCAGUUCUUGGUGGAUCACGGGGCCAUGAUUGAACAUGUUGACUAUAGCGGAAUGCGCCCUUUGGAUAGGGCAGUGGGGUGCCGGAACACUUCUGUUGUUGUCACUCUUCUGAAGAAAGGAGCCAAGAUAGGUUGUCAGACGUUACCGAGUCGCCCACGAGGUCCAGCCACAUGGGCGAUGGCCACCUCCAAACCAGACAUCAUGAUCAUCCUGUUGAGCAAGCUGAUGGAAGAGGGGGACAUGUUUUAUAAGAAAGGUAAAGUAAAGGAGGCUGCCCAGCGCUACCAGUAUGCUCUGAAGAAAUUCCCCCGAGAAGGGUUUGGUGAGGACUUGAAAACCUUCCGGGAACUAAAGGUGUCUCUCCUCCUCAACCUCUCUCGAUGUCGCAGGAAAAUGAACGAUUUUGGAAUGGCGGAGGAAUUUGCUACUAAGGCCCUGGAGCUGAAACCGAAAUCUUAUGAAGCUUACUAUGCAAGAGCAAGGGCAAAACGCAGCAGCAGACAGUUUGCAGCAGCCUUAGAGGAUCUGAACGAGGCCAUCAAGCUCUGUCCAAACAACCGUGAGAUCCAGAGACUCCUGCUGCGAGUGGAGGAGGAAUGCCGCCAGAUGCAGCCGCCGCCACCACCUCAGCAGCCGCCUCAGCCGCCGCUCCCAGAAGAAGCGGAACCCGAACCACAGCACGAAGACAUAUACUCUGUACAGGAUAUAUUCGAGGAGGAGUACCUGGAGCAGGAUGUUGAAAAUGUUUCCAUUGGCCUCCAGACCGAGGCUCGGCCCAGUCAGGGGCUCCCAAUAAUCCAGAGCCCUCCCUCCUCUCCGGCCCAUCGGGACUCAGCCUACAUCUCUAGCUCACCACUUGGCUCGCAUCAGGUUUUUGACUUCCGUUCCAGUAGCUCUGUAGGUUCUCCCACCAGACAGGGCUAUCAGUCCACCUCACCCGCUCUUUCUCCGACUCACCAGAACUCUCAUUACAGGCCUAGUCCUCCGCAUACUUCCCCGGCCCACCAGAGCGGCUCUUACCGCUUUAGCCCCCCACCCGUGGGAGGACAGGGCAAGGAAUACCCAAGCCCCCCUCCUUCCCCUCUCCGGAGAGGCCCUCAGUAUCGGGCCAGCCCUCCUGCUGAAAGCAUGAGUAUCUAUAGAUCUCAGUCUGGCUCACCCGUGCGCUAUCAACAAGAAACAAGUGUUAGUCAGCUUCCUGGCAGACCGAAAUCCCCAUUAUCCAAAAUGGCCCAGCGGCCCUACCAGAUGCCUCAGCUUCCUGUGGCAGUUCCCCAGCAAGGGCUUAGGCUACAGCCUGCCAAGGCCCAGAUUGUGAGAAGCAACCAGCCCAGCUCAGCGGUUCAUUCAAGCACUGUCAUCUCCACAGGGGCCUAUGGCCAAGUAGCCCACUCGAUGGCUAGUAAAUACCAGUCUUCACAAGGAGACAUGGGAGUAAGUCAGAGCCGAUUGGUUUAUCAAGGGUCAAUUGGGGGGAUCGUAGGAGAUGGGAGACCUGUGCAACAUGUCCAGGCUAGCCUAAGUGCAGGUGCCAUCUGUCAACAUGGAGGGUUGACCAAAGAAGACCUUCCACAGCGACCUUCCUCAGCAUAUCGGGGUGGUAUGAGAUACAGCCAGACGCCACAGAUUGGGCGUAGUCAGUCUGCAUCCUAUUACCCAGUCUGUCACUCAAAACUAGAUCUGGAGCGUUCCUCCAGCCAGCUAGGUUCCCCUGAUGUGUCACAUUUAAUCAGAAGACCUAUUAGUGUCAACCCUAAUGAAAUCAAGCCCCAUCCACCCACUCCCAGGCCGCUGCUGCACUCCCAGAGUGUAGGCCUCCGCUUCUCUCCAUCCAGCAAUAGUAUCUCAUCAGCCUCCAACCUCACUCCUACCUUCCGGCCAUCUUCUUCGAUUCAACAAAUGGAGAUCCCACUAAAACCGGCGUAUGAUAGGUCAUGUGAUGAGCUGUCACCAGUGUCUCCCACUCAGGGAGGUUAUCCCAGUGAGCCCACCCGAUCCAGGACCACACCAUUCAUGGGGAUCAUAGAUAAAACAGCCCGGACUCAACAGUACCCCCACCUUCACCAGCAGAAUCGGACCUGGGCCGUGUCAUCAGUGGAUACCGUUCUCAGCCCCACGUCUCCAGGCAACCUGCCUCAGCCCGAGUCCUUCAGUCCACCAUCAUCCAUCAGCAACAUUGCCUUUUAUAACAAAACCAACAAUGCACAGAAUGGCCAUUUGCUGGAGGACGAUUAUUACAGCCCCCAUGGGAUGCUGGCUAAUGGGUCCCGUGGAGACCUCUUGGAGAGAGUCGGCCAGGCCUCCUCAUAUCCUGAUGUGAAGGUGGCUCGGACCCUCCCCGUGGCUCAGGCAUACCAGGACAACCUGUACAGGCAGUUGUCCCGGGACUCUCGACAAGGGCAGACAUCCCCUAUCAAACCAAAGAGACCAUUUGUGGAGUCUAAUGUUUAAAAGACGUUUGUUGGAGUGAGACCCAUAUGUUUUCACUGCACAUUUUCAGGCUUGGUUUCCACAUUUGAGGUAGUUCUCUGGCUUAAUUUCUCAUGUAGUUUCUGUGUGGUGUUCAGAGGUGGCAGCCCACAUGCCGGAGUUCUUUGCAUGCAGCCGACCGGGAAGCUGGCCUCCAGGGAGCCAGGACUUCGGUUUCUCUCGUCUGUGCCCCAGCCACAUGCUCUCUCCCUCUCUUCCGAUGCCAACGAGGAGAUUGUUGUGCCGUGUGCUUUAACCCAGGGAGAUCAGACACACUGGUCAGCUUUUUCCAGGAGACAAUCGCUUUCACUGAUGUUCUUGUUGUGUGAAUGUCUUUCUCCUUUUUUACAAAAAUAAGGUGUUCUUGUUUGUUUUCUUCUAGGAACUUUAGAAAGAGUAUGAUGCCCCUUUGCCUUUGCAUUCUUAUCCAGUGUUAUCCAAAUAGCCAACCCCAGUGCAUUCUUGUGCCAUGGUCUCCUCCCCAGGACUGCCAGCUCCCUGCAGUCAUCAGGUCUAGAAUGUUCAUUUAGGUUAUUGCUGGUCUUCCUACAGGGGCAGAAGGAUCAAGGAGAAAGAGAAGAAACAGGUCUAUUAAAUUGUAAGAAAAAAAACAAUAUAAUUAUUUAAAAAUAUCACUACAUUGAUUUUCCAAGAAGUGUUCUAUGAGUAUUUAGAAAACAACCAGCCCUUUAAAUAUUUCACUCAGCCAAGGAAAUCGGAUGAGGAUCAUGGAUAUUUUAAAAUAAUUCACCAAGAGGUAUUCUUUAGGCUUUUAGCCAACAAUUAACUAUUAAAAUCUACUGAUUUUUCAGGGGUGGUGGGGGCAGUAUUGGGGAGGGCAGGAAUACAUAAAUAGAGCAAGAGGAAGACUGUUCUGGAUUCUCAGUGAAAGGCUAGAGAAAAAUCUUUGUCUUGGAGAAGUCUGCUCUUUAGGUCCUGAUGUAUCAUCGAGCAUCAUAUUCCACAAAAGCAAGCCCUUCCUGGAGUGUGACUGGUACAGUAAUCCUGUCAGUGGGUCUUCACCCAGAGCCUAAUUGUGUUCUUACCAGCCCUCCUCUUUAAAACCCACGUGGUGUAGUGAAAAGAUUGGUUCUCUGAGAAGCAAAUAAUUCUCUUGGAACUCUAUUCCUGAAGUUUGCACCCAGGGCCACUGCACCCUGUGCCAGAUGUCAUCUGAUUCCAUUUCCAGAUCUAGUUUCAUUAUCUAUUACUCUAGGAAUUGUUUCUUCUUUUCUUUUUCGAGGUAGGAGUGUUUGGGGAGCGAUCUUUGAAAACCAGACACAGCAAAGUGUUUCAGGGAGAAGACAGACCCCUUUCAGCCUUGGGUGGGGGCACAGGAGACGGACAGCAGGUCUUCUGAUCCAGCUACCCUCCACCCUUCUGUGUCUUGUGGUCAUUUGCUGACCUGUCCUGUGCGUGACUGAGGCCAGCAUGAGAUGGACAGCAAGAACACUGAAACCAAAGCCUUAGCACAGGCCUGGUACUGACUGCACAUCAGCUCUGAAAACUUCAGAAACUGGACAAAAGAGAAUUUGUUCUCUGUCCUUAGGAAUCAUUCUGCUCUUGUUCGUAAAGGGCUAUUGAAAGGGCAGUUUCCUGAAUAAAAAUCCAGACGUGACCAGACCUGUUUGUAAUAGUAAGUGUCCUCUGAAAGUAUCACUAAGACACAGGGAGCAUGAAGCUGAGAUCAGAAACGUUUCGCUACUAUUUUAGAUUCUGCCAAAUAGAUGGACCCUCCGCCCCCAAGCCUGAAACAGGCCAGGACUUGUCUGUGCUAGAAGCAGACAGCUGGGCCAGCUCAAGACCCAGACUCUUUCCACUCUCUCUGAUGCCUAGGGACUGUCUCCUACUCAGCUAGCCCAGGGCGAGUGCCAGUGUCUUAUCCCUUCUCUUCUCCUUCCACCUCCCUCCCUCCCUCCCUCCCUCCCUCCCUCCCUCUCUUUUUCCCUCUCUCUCUCUCUCUCUCUCUGAGAAGAUGAAGUGUUCAGCUGUAGCACCAGCCUGCAGCCAGGAGCCCAGCUCCCGCUUUGUCCAGGUCUCAGCCCUACGGGGCCCUUUGCAUCUCCUCCCUUCCUCGUCACCUCUCACUGAGGAGCUGCUGCUACAUUCUGAGAAAUUUCUGUAUCUGUCAGGAAAGUGCCCCUGCUUAUUUGAAACACCACCACACAUACCACCCGUACUCAGCUGUCUAGGCAAGUGAGCAGGUUCUGCAUUUUACAAACAUGCCACUGAUGCCACUUGUCCCCAGGGUCUUUCGAUUUUCCUGGACAAACUGGAGAUUGCGGGUCUAUGCCUUACUGGGCAAAACACUUAAAACAGUCAAAAUGCAAUUCUUUGUUAGCCAUUGUAGGAGGAAGUGAAUAGCACUACUGGGCUCCAGUUGAGUUUGACUAGAAUAUGCCAACUAGACCAUACUGGGGACAGGCAACCGUUUUUCCCUGUAAGCAGACUGCCUGUGCUCUGUUGCACUACUUCACUGCCAUGGGCUGAUCUUAGUACCGAAUCUCCGAGAUGCCCUCUGCCCCAGCAGCACUUGCUGAGUCAAUGUCUGGCCUCCAGUGGGGGAAGUUUUUCAGAUGAGCCUGGUAAGUUCCACUCACCCAGUUCACAUCACCCUGAAAUGGAGACAGUAGUAACAGACUUCAGCCUCUAGAUUUCUCACCAAAUUGUACGUUUCGUUCACCCAGAAUUCUUGCACUAAUGGGUUCCCAUCACAUGUCUAUAAAUGGGUGCACUUUACUGUUUGAAUUUGUAACUCUGAUAAAUACUGGAUAUUUAAGUGUGCGUGAUGUCUUCAUUAGAAAAUAGCAAAACCGCUCUUGUCUUUUAGUGUAUCUUUCAAGGAAGAAAAAAAAAAGGAAAGAAAUCAAGCAGUGGAUCACAACAUUUAUAGCACAAGAAAUAACUGUUGUAUAUAAGCAUCAAAAAGAUUAAGGAUUUUUAAAUACAAAAAAAAUAUUUGCAGUGAUUUUAAAGUGCUUUUCCAGCAAUUUUCUUAGGGACUCCUGAGACAUGGUUACUUUAUUUACUGGAUCAGUAAGGCACACAAUUAACAAUUAAAAAUUAAUGUUUAUUUACAAAGUAAAGGGAAAACCUGUGUAACAUGAGAAUUUGGCACGGACAAAAUGGAGACCAUUUUGUAUCUGCUGUUGUAUCUUGUCCGGGUUGCAGACGUGCACUAUUAAAGCCCCAAGUUAAUAGAGCACAAACCCUUCUGUUCCUCUCCCAUGUGCCCCUCUUUCUAGAUGUGUUUAACUGAAACUCGAAGGCUCAGGAAAAUCCUACUAAUUAGAAUCAUGUACAGUACCCCAGGUCGUUGUCCAGAGAUACAAGUUUGCUAAUUUAGUCAAGCCUGGAUUAUUAAACACUUUUCCUAAAUUAUUGUAAACAGAUCAGCCUAGAGAAAGGUAUUCUCGGUCCUCAUAUUGUAUAGUAGUUUAUGAACCCCUCUCGAAAUAUUGGUAUUUUUAUAUUCCAGAGAUGUACCCAAUAGAAAAUUAACCAGUAUCUAAUUUAAUAUCCAUAAGUAUUUUCCUUAGAUAUUUAGUCCUGUACAGUGGGUUAUGUGGACAUCACCUUGCUUCAACCACAUUCUACCACUAGGUGUCACUGUGGCUCUGCACCAGGCUUGUCUGGUGGCAAAGGAGGGCAGCAUGUCCCCCUGGAGGAGCCGCCUCCAGGGUAGCCCGCAGGCCCAGAGGGUUCAGGAAGGAGGGACAGAGGCCUGCAGAGGUGUCUUCACGGAUCUGUGCCAGUUGUGGCAAGACAAGCUCUUUGAACACUACCUGCUUUGGACCUUGAGCCAGGCAGAGGCUGGGAGAAUGCUGACUAGAACUCACUUGCUCUGGUGGAUGGGUGGGUGCGAGUUAAGACUCCUUUACUCCCCACAAGCACCCCUCUCAGUUCCUCUUGGCCUCCAACUUUUAUAACUCCAGAGAUGUCACAGUUGGGUGGUUUGAUUCAAAAAUAGUUAUUUUUCUACUGCAGAAAUGCCUUGGACAAAACCAGUUGCUCACUGAAUCUUUGCCACAAAACGGAACAGGCUCCCCCUCCCUGUCCCAGCCUCUCCCACCCUGUCUGUCUGUCCUUGGGCUGCCCACUUCUCAAGAAACCAACUUGCAAAGGCAGCCUGCUGCUGCUUCCACACCGAGGCCUGUGCUGCCCCAUUGAGUGCACAUUGAGAGGUGUGGCUUUUUCUCCUUUUCCUCUAGGAAUUCCAGACUGACCAUCUACCAUGACUAACAACAAUGAACAAAGGGCUUAGGGGUAAGAGCUACCUACAAAGAUGUGUCAUGGAAACCUUCACCAUGCAAUGCCUUGAACUCAGCUCUGGCUGCUCCCAAGAAAAGGUGGCGGCGGGGGGGCGGGGGGCCUGGACACAAGCACAAUGGGAAUGGUGGAGCCACUGUGCAGAGCUACUUGAAUAAUCACUGGGUCUUCAUCAACUCUUAUAACACAGACCACUCAAGGGCUGAAGUGUUGGUAACCUGCAUUUCGGUGUCCAAUGCCUCACAGCUGCUGAACCACCCUGAGAUGCUUGUGGCCACAUGAUGGCCACAGUCAGAGCUUUGCAAGUCUGUACCAAAUGAAUGCGUAAUUGGACACCAAAAAUCAAGUGUUACUUUCAUGUUUCCUCACCCAUAUCAUCUCACUUCUUCCUGCUGACUCUGAUAAUCUCCACUAAGCUGACCUGUCAGGUUUUAGCUGAACGCAUAUAGAUGCAGGCCAGCAUCACUCUCGUUUUUCAGACAGACUUACUCUCUGGAAAGGAAGGAGCCUAGCUGCUUUGUUUUUGUAGCACUUACUGGCUGGAGUUUUCUUUUGCCUAAUCGCUAACCAGAACACAUGGUUAGGGGGACUCAACUCAGUCCCUUCGGUCCCCAGGACCAGACAGACAGUUAAUUCUGGAAAUUCAGUACUUGAAUGUACCUGCCUUAUUGUGUACCAGCUUACUGGAAAAAAAAGAAAAAAAAAAAGAGAAAUGCUGGCUCUAGAUCUCGCCUUCAUUGACAGGUUAUUUUGGGAAUCCUGUAAGUUACACUUCCUGUUCCGGUUUGGUUUUGUUUUUGUUUUUGUUGUUUUUUUCCUUUGGCUGAUUCCUGCUGAGUGGGGCCAGUUCCUCAUCAGGCUCAGGGCAGGUGCCAUCCUCAGGCAUGGCCUCCUUUCCAUUUAGCGCAGCAUCUCCGUCUCUGUUCUGUCUCCUCCAAAUCCAAGAUGAUUUUAAUUAGUACAGACAUGUACAGUCUACAAUUACAGAGUGAUUUGUACUAAUAUGAUUUUGAUUCCUCCUCCUCUUUGCUGUCCUUUCAAGACACUUGCUGGAAAAAGCUUUAAUGCACUUAGUUUUCCUUUAGGUUUUCUAUGAUUCAGAUGUAAAGGACUUUCUCUGUACAGUAUAUUAUCCAAUGCAUGUUUGUUCUCUCUCCCGAUAUAUUGAACACCACGCAGUUGUGAACUCGUGCAGUGGGGAUGUCCCACACCCAACAGAGGCAUUUAGCCCCCUGUGUAUAAGGAAAGACAUUUUCCUUUGCUGUACUUGCUUGAGCAGUUGUAUUGUCUGUACAUGUGAGCUGUGUGAGAUAGAUGUGAAAAGUUCAAUGAAUGCAUUUUCCUGCCCAUGUGUACAGAUCGCCAUCCGUACAAUGAACUGUAUGUAUGAAAGCAAAUGUACUUAUUUAUAAAGGGUAACACUUGGAAAAA